UACUACGAAUUAUGUUCUUCUAGUGACACAGCUGAUUUUUAGAGAGAUUUUUAGAGAGCACAAUUCCGCGCCAAUUUUGGAAUUUUGAUUGUAUUAUUUUCAAUAUAUUUUUGCAAUUGGUGCGAGUUUUUAAAACAUAAACGAUACAACAUCUAGCUAGAUAUAUUUAACAUAAUUUAACAUAGAUUUGGAAAAGUAACUAAUAUAAAACAAAUUGCCUUUCUCUCGGAAGUGAUUUGGUGUAAUUUGACCGAACAUACUUGUGUUUAUAUGCGAUAUACGAUUGAUGGUUUUUAUUGUGAUCCGACAACUUGUUCGUGACUUCUUCUUCCUGAUAUCGACAAGACUGAACAAAUCUUCGAAAUCAUGGAUUUAUUGGGUUCCAUUCUAAAAUCCAUGGACAAACCACCGUCAGUGAACGACAAGCAGAAGGCGCUCAUGAAAAAACAGCAAGAGGAAUAUCAGAAACGUCAGAGGGCCGAGGCGGAAAAGUUGAAAGUCUUUCGGCAAAAGAUUGAAGAAGAAAUUAAUAAGUUUCUACAGGAUGAUAAAAUGAAAGAACAUAAAUUUUCUGCCAUGGACCAGAUACACAGAAGCAUUGUUCACGACGUAGCGGAAGUGGCAAAUGUUUUGGCGUAUUCCUUUGGCGAGGAAGGAGUCGACAGAUAUAUUAUGAUCUUUAAGAGGGAAUACGCGCCUUCGGAGGAUCAAUUAAACACAUUACGCAAAGGUGAAGAGUGGAAUGAAGAAGUCGCGAAAAAGUUAAAGAAAGAGAGAGAGAAUAAAGCCAGAGAGGAAGCAGAAUAUGCAAAAUCUAGAAAACGAAAGGAGAAUUUUGUGCCCAACAGCUUCUAUAAAGAUAAAUAUCAACAUCUGAUUGGCAAGGAAGCGGCUCUCGAAGCUGCUAGAAAAACAGAAGCCAAUAGUAGUUAUGGAUGUGUUCCUAGUGAAAACAAAAAGGACCAAAGAAGUAUAGAACAAACUCUUGCUGACAUACGUGCUAAGAAAAGGAAAUUGGAGACAAAUAACAAAACUAGCAAUUGCAGCGACAACAGUACAAAAUAGUGCUAUUAUAUAAAUAAUCAUAGUUAAAGGUAUUCUGUGGUGGAAUAUUUAGGAACUGAUGUCCUCGGAGCCGGUUUCGGCUUUGUAGGCGAUGGAGAUUCGAAUACAAUUUGUUCUUUCAGCGUAAGCAGCUUCGUAAAUUUCUGAUUUGUCGCGGAUUUGUACAGUUCCAUCCCUCGGCCGAUAAUAAUGUCUCGCACAUACGCUGCAUUAUUAUGUACUAAUUUUCGCUGAAAAGGAAUAAAAUUUUAUAAAAUUA